UCGGCAGAACAAAGGUUUCCGACCGGACGACGUUGCCGUUGGACAGCUUUCUGUUUACAACACGGCGUGGGUGACUGUGACAGAGCUUUUUAUGGCAGGGCAGCGGGAAUAAAACUACGAGUGGCUACCGGUUUUUUUUUUUGUUUUCUUCUACAUAUCAAAAUGGGUAAAAGGCGCCGCAGCGAAGGCUCGGAGGAGCCAAACGCUCCGGUGAAAAGAGAAAAAGUUCCGGAGUUCAAUGGGACCGUGUUUAAAGCCAUGCUCAAGGAACCCACCACAGCCAUGAAGGGACUGGAGACGUUCACGUCAACCGCUAAGAAGCUGCCGUGCUCAGACCUGUACGACGUGGUUGAAGGUUAUAUUAAGAUCUCCAUGGAGUGUGCAGAAAUAUUCAAAUUGCUGGAGGGAGAGAAGCACAUAGAGAGUGAGACGAUGCUGAUUUUUGAGAGCUUGGAGAUGAUCCUUCUGAGGACAGCCAGUGACCUGUGCCACUUCAACACAGUCGGCAACGCUAUCGUGAAGAAGACUGUAUCCAGCUACAUGAAACUCCUGCAGGGAUCUUUCCAGUCAGAAAAUCACAGGUUUGUCCGACAGUGCCUCAGUCUCCUGUCCGCCUUGGUGUCUCAAGGUCCAGAAGCUGCCAGAGAAGUCCUGAGUCACAUCCACAUCAGUAAAGCUCUGGCUGGACUGGCAAAGAGAAGAGAUAAGAAGGGAAGACCUGAUGUCCGCAUGGCUUUUAUCCAGUUUGUGCUGUCCUUUUUGGUGUCCGGAGAUAAUUCCACAGUGGGACAGAUAUUAGAGAUCAAAGAGCUCCUGCCAGAGAUCCUGGGUACGGGUCUGAAGGAGGACAGGAUGUCUCUCGUCAAUCUGAUAUUGUCCACGCUGAAGUCUAGGGUUUUACUAAACAAGGCCAUAAGUAAAACACAGAAAGUGCGAUUUUUCACUCCUGCUGUACUGGCCAACAUCGCGUCUCUGUAUAAAUGGAAUGGGAUUGUGGAUGCAACCACUGAUGAUAACAGAAUGGUGGAGAACGCAGAGUGCGCUGGGAUAUCUGUCGUCCGGGAACUUGUCCACAGCUUCCUCCUUGACCUCUGUUGCUCUCGUAAGCACGGAAUCAGCUUUCAUGAUGCCAGCUUUGGGACAGCCGGCAGAGCUGGUAACAUCGUCCUGCUUCAGUUCUUGGUGGGGCUGAAGCAGGCCACGGAAGACGAACUGGUGGCAGAGCUGGUGGUGGACGUACUGAAAUCUAGCCCAGAUAUGCUGGCCAGAUACUUCAAAGAGACUCAGUAUUCAUACACCCCCCGCCUCAAAAGUGCUUGGCAAGACAAUGUCAGGUUACUUAAAAAGAUCUAUCAGGCCCAACCAGAACUUUCCGCAGUCUUUCAAACUUGUGAGGUCAUCCCUCUUCCUCGCCUGCUCUCCAUGAUUAUGGUGAUAUCUUUUCCUCCUGUCUGUAACAAGGCCUUCUUCACACAAGGGCUCAACCUUGCCAACACAGCAGUGCAGCUCACAACUCUGUCCAUGAUGAAUUUCAUCUUGAAAAGGGCCAACAGGAAUAUAGAGUACCUUCUGGACAAGUCUGAGGGGCACAGCUCAGAUUUAUACACCCUCGACAUGAUGGGCGAUUUGGUGCAGCAGUACAGGGAGACGCUCAGCAAGAUUUUGCCCGAUAUGACGAGCAUAGUUGCAAAGUGGCAGUCACUUAGCAAGAAGGAAAAGAUGGACGGUGAGGAAAAAAAGGCCAAAACAGAAGGGAGUGCUGAACAGACGGAUAAUAAAAAUGAAGCGCCUGGUGCUGAGACAGCGGAGGUCAUCCUGCUCAAGGCUCUGAUUCUUCAGGUCAUUUGUCUUUACCAGAAAGUGGUGCCGCAUCUGGUUAACCAGUGCAAGUUUGACUUCAGCAAGCUCCUAAAAGGGAUUGUGUCAGAGAAAGGAAUGAGGGAAGAAGUUCCCCCGGUUUUGCAGUAUCAGAUACUGCAGUUGGCCUUGGAUCUCCCGGCGAGCAAGUUCUCCUGGUUCCGCAUACAGGAUGUUGCAGAUGCGGAAUCACCGUCUGGAGAGAGGUCAGUACUUUACCUGCUUCUCAAAAUGUUUGUCAGCAGUAGCAGCAGCCACUUGAAAACCUCCACACGGAUGCUGGUUCUUAAGGUGCUAAAGGACAGUGGGGUGUUUGAGUACACCUGGACUGAACUUGAACUCUGGCUUGACCAGCUGGCCAAAGUAGAGCCGAACCAACAAGAGACUGUUAUCCAGUUCCUGGAGAGGGUAUUGGUGAAACUGGUGUGCAAUUCCUACGCAUACACAGAUAAGGUUGCCAGCCUGGUCCAGGAGGCAGCUUAUCUGCAAGCCAACCUGAGUAGCCAGGAGGGCGACACUGCUAGUAUCCCUGUCUCUCACAUAGAUGAUGUCUUAGACAUGCUAGAUGUCAUUAUGGAGGGCAAUGACGGUGAGAUGGAGGAUUUCGGCCCAGCUCUGAGUGAAGACCUCAUUAUCCAAACCUUCCCCUUCAGUGCGGUGGUUCCUGCUGCUAUGGAGGCCCGAAACAAACUGCCAGCAAACCAAGGAGUGGUGUAUGAGUACUUAUCUGCUGUGCUCUCCGAUGUGCUGCACUGUCAGAGAGAGCCGCUUCCCCUCUGUCUGGCACUGCUGCAGUACGAUAAAGAGCUUGUUUCCUCUGAACUCUCUGCUUCUCCUCAUCCCGCCAUCAUACACCUUCAUCAGUAUUACUCCAAAUGGCUGCCACAGAAGUGCCGGGAAGAGCUGUUCAGGUCCUCUGAAUGCCAUUCGAAGGGAUUGCCAAACCUCAAUUCAUACACUGCACUGAUGAAAACUGCGUAUAGCCAAGGGCCAAGCGCUUUGCUUGAGGACACCUUCAGGAAAAAUGUGGAAGAAACUCUAGCUUUCAUGUCGAUGGCUGAGUUUCCAGUUGCAAUCAAGCAGAUCUUACUCUACAUCAAAUCAACAGUGGAAAACUUUGGCACGUUCUCCAAUGACAUAGGAGCUGCCCUUUUGAAGACCUUAAUGGGACAACUCCAGGUUUUGGUGACCGAGCUACAAGGCUUUCAGGAGACCAAAAAGCCUGAGCCAGCAGUCGAGAACGUCCAAGAAGGAUCAGACCUCUUCCUGGAACGCAACCAGUCGACCACAGUAGAAGCCGAUAAAGAGCAGAUCCUUCUUUCGGCUCUUGGCUCCAUCUUCAAGCAUCCAUGUUUGGAGCAGUGGUUUCUGGCUCUGGAGCUUUCUGCUUUGCCUCCUCAUACUCUGAACCCUGUCAGACUAAAGCAUCUGUGUGCUCAGCUGACUGAUGACAUUCUAGCAUUUCUGAAGACCAGCGCCCCCAUUCUUUGUGAUCUGAGUCAUCUGGAGCUUCUUAGUAACUACUUGGGGGCUAUAGAAAGGGCUGCUCUCAAGGAAUUGAUGGAGAAGGGCUCUCAUGCUGCAAAGACACAGUCCAGACCUUUCCAGGGCCUCCUGUCUCUGCACAGCUACAUGGACUCCUGCCAUCUGAGAGAGGUGGUCUCCAAGUUGCUGCUGCUCCCCCAGGAGAGCCUCAUCUCUCCCAGCAUUGAGGGCACACAUGACAAGCUUAGUGUCUAUGGUCAGGCAGCACUGCAGAUCCUUACAGAGAGUAAAUCUAACCCUUCCCAGGACCACAGCCCUUUUCUGACGCAGGCACACCUCCGCGGCCUGGGCACACUGCUGUUGUCCUGCUCCAGCCCUGCGCUGGAGGCAUUCCUGCUCCAGGCUCUGUCCAGUGAGCCAGGCAGUGCCAAACUCAUCCACACAGAUGUGCUCCUGCACUGUCUCCAGCAGCCUCUCUCAGACACUCAGGCCAUCGGCUCCCUGCUGCUGCAGAACUCCUCCACCCACCGCCUCUGCUUUGAGGCGUGGUGCCUAGAGCCGGCAAACAUGGAGAAGCUCUCAGACCAGACAGAAAGAUUCCUUCCACUGAUCAAUACCUACUUACAGGUGGCAAGUAGAGAUGACCCAGCCAGACCCAAAGAUGUGCAAAAAGAAGUUUUAAAAGCCCUGAAGGAAACACUACUCGCCAAAUUGUCCCAACUUGUUCUGGGAAACCUGACAGAAGACUCUGGAGCCCAGCUUGCAGAAACGCUGGCCAGUCUGAUCAAGCUCGCUGCGAACAUCAAGGACAUCCGGGAUUUGAUCAACGAUCUGCCCAAUGUUCUACAGAAAGUGGACAGUUUUGAAAGGUGGCAACUAGUAGAAGUUAUCAACGAGAAACUGGCUGAUUGCCCAGAAGAACAAGAAACCUGGAGGAAGUCUGUCACAGCUGCUGCUCUCAAGUGUCUCAUCACCUCUUAUAGUCACUCUAAAGACCAGGCUACUUCGCCCUCAGAGCAGGAGCAGAGCAUCCUGGAAAAACUGCACAGGCUCCUAACAUCAGCUGAAGACAUCACUGCAUCUGAGUGGAACAGUUUUGUCAGGAACGGACUGAAGUAUCGCUACAGAGAUCACCACUUCCUGAACACUUUGAGCCACCUGUUGAAACUGAUCUAUGGCGGCAGUGAGGUCCAGAAGAAUCUGCUGCCUUUAUCCACACUGCACAUGAUGACCAGCAGCCAUUCUCUGUUCCUGCCAACCAUGCUGGACUCUGAUGAAGAGCCUAGCAGAUGUCAGGCUAAAGAAGCGUUAGUGUCCCUUCUUCUCUGUCUGGUGAAGAAAUGCCCAGCAGUCUGUAACAUCAAUCAUUUUGUCAUACUUUUGGGAGCAUAUGGAGCUACCCUGAAUACUUCAGAUCAGAAUCUGUUGCUGCUUCUUCGCGAAUAUGAAAGCAACCACGUCAGUCUGCUGAAGUUUCAAUCCUUCUUGUGGGGCCCGGCAGCUGUGGAGCACCACAAGACCAGGAAAAGCCUGGGAGCCUCUCUGUGGAAGCAGGCGAGCUCAGACGACCUGUUGGCCCUGCUGAAAACUGACAGGAUGCUCAAAACUAUUGCACACUUUCCCCAGCAACGCAGAAUCAUCCCUCAGGAAGGGCAUGAGCUGCUGUACAACAAUGAUGCAUUGAAGGAUCUUGGGGAUCUGUACGAUCCCUGUUUUCUUUUGCCUCUAUUCAGCGCCAUACUGCAGCCAGAGUGUGUUAUUGACUGCCUCAAGUUUGUAUCCAGCCACGCCCUUGGAUUAACUGUAACGGCUCUAAGUAGCUACGACGCAAAGGUGAGAGCGGCAGCGUACCACGUGCUGAGCUGCUUCUACCAACACCUGGAGGGUGCCCGGUUCAGGGAGAAGAGACAGCUGCUGUACUUGAUGGACACAGUGAAGAAUGGAAUUCGACAGCAGAAUCAAAGACUUCCGUUCGUCCUGACCACUUACAUCGCGAAAGCGGCUCAGCAGAUGCUAAAACCUGAGGACCACAUGUAUGUGGUUUUAAACAGGUUUCUGCUGUCCCAUCAGAGUUUGGACUUCAGAAGAGUCCCUGAGUUCUUCAGGCUAUUCUAUGGCUUUGACUUGGAGCACAAGAUGGAACGCGAGUGGAUCCUGAGUGUGCUGGAGGAAGGGAUAAGUGAUGGACACUGCUAUGACUUGUGCAACCAACAAGGCAUCUUUCAGAGCCUUUUGGGCUUCAGCAGCAGCCCCCUUUGUGAUGAACACUCCCAGGCACAGAUUAUCAGGGUGUUGUGCCAGGCAGCCCGUGUGACCAAGGCGGCUUAUGACCUCAUCAAAAGCUGUGGGCUCCUAACCUGGAUGAUACAGGUGGUUGAAAAAAGGACUCGGGACCAGCAUCUGCUAAGUGCCAUCAUAGAUCUGCUCCACGCGCUGUGGUUUACUAACCUCGGGCAGAAGGAGAAGCAGGUGGAUGGAGCGAAAACCUCCUCGUCAACGGGGGAGAAACCUCAGAGCUCAGUGAAGUGUCUCCCUCUCCCACUGAUCAAUGAGUUCCUUUGUGUGACAUCAACUAUCAGCCGACGCCUCAGGUUGGGUAUGAAGGCUGCUCAGCUCAGCCUGUUCCUGCAGACCCUUUGCUCCGUACUGAAGCAUCGUGGGACAGCUCUCAAUGCAAACAAACAGGCCGAGCGGCUCACACUCCACCCACACUCUCUCUCCUGCACCGAAGCCCUCGCUCUGCUCCUCUGCUGGGCCUCCCUGUCCCGCAACAAGGCGCUCUUUACCCAAAUCCAAGACUUGUCUGAAAAGUGCAAAGUGAAGGAAUUGCUGGGGAUGGGGAAAGAUAAGGCCCGAAGUAAAGUCUCCUUUUCCCAGGCCUGCACACAGAAAGAGAACCUGGCAGAAGAUGCUGAAACUGAGAAACAAAGAGAGAGUCCCCUGACAGCGUGUAAAUUUUACCUCAAAAGUAUCUUUGUUCACUGGGAGCCUGUGUUUCCCUUCUCUGAACCUCAGCAGGUUCAGCCAAGAAACAAACUGGAUCCCAGACAGCUGGCCAUUGAUACUGCGCACCUGCUCACCAAGUGGUCCCUGAGGUGCUUGGUGGAGGACUCGUAUGAUGAAAACAGAACAAAGGACUUCUUGCACUGGGUUGAAAAGGCUGUGAUUAAACACAGGGAAAUUGUGGACGUUGUGCUGCUCGAUCCUGGCCUGAAAGCUGACCUCCUUCGACUCUACCACCAGGCCUUUGAAGCUCAGUGUCACUCCAGCAUUGUGGCAAGAGGGGAAGCCUUACAGCGAUUCACUAACAUUAUGAUGCGCUUACUGGAGACCCAAGGCCACAUUCCAGAGCUGCACCAGGCAGUCAUCUCUGCAUGCCUGCCAGAAGACACUCAUGAUCAGUCUAGACGAGAAGCAGGGCUGUAUCUGUUGUCGCUGUACAUCCACGAGCUGUGGAGCGGCGCCACAUCGGCAGAGCUGUUCUGGUCUCAUGUCCGUGGGGUGACCAGAGCCAAGUGUAGGCGACGGAAAGCAUCCAGAUCGCCACAAACAGCCCUCAGAGCCAUCUGUAAUGACAUCGUCACGUUAAAGAGUUAACUGUGACAUCCGAACACAACAGUGCUCUUUUAAAUAGACCCACUUACAAGAAAGCCUGUAUUUGUUAAUUUUGUUAUGCCUAGUUUUGUUACUGUAAAAAAACUGAAGAUACUUUGUAAAAGCCUCUAUUAUAAAAUGUUGAUUUACAAAUCUGUCACAAAUU